AUGGCUUCUCUUGCUAGAUCCGGUGGGUUCGCCGUCAAAGUGAUUAGCGGAUCCCAACAACAUGUCAACUUCGUUGCCGCUUCUCCAGCUGCUGAAACUGUUUCUGCAUUCCGAGAAGUUCCAGCUGAAUUCACAACUGCCGAAGCUCGUCAAGCUGCUGUAACCCGCAGCACCGGAGGUGUUUUCACCAAUGGGCUCGCCGUCAAAGGAAUCAAUGUCACUUCUCGCCGUUUGGCUCACACCGAUGUGACUUUCCCAGAUAUGACAAGCUAUCGUCGCGAUUCCACAAAAAAUACUCAAACCCCCGCUCGUGAUACCGAAGAUCAACGCCGUGCUCUCCCAUCUGCUCUCUACUACGGAGCUGGUGGAGUCCUCUCUUUGUGGGCUGGAAAGGAAGUUGUUCAAACACUGGUUUCUUACAAGGCUAUGGCUGCUGAUCAACGUGCUUUGGCUUCGAUCGAAAUUAGCAUGAGCGACAUUCCAGAGGGACAAACUAAGACUUUCGAAUGGCGUGGAAAGCCAGUGUUCGUUAAGCAUCGUACCAAGGCUGAGAUCGCAAAGGAGAAGGCUGUCCCAGUCGCUGAUCUUCGUCAUCCACAACAUGACGAUGAGCGUGUACAGAAAGAUGAAUGGUCUGUUGUCAUUGGAGUGUGCACUCAUCUUGGAUGUGUCCCAAUUGCAAAUGCUGGAGAUUUCGGAGGAUAUUAUUGCCCGUGCCAUGGUUCUCACUACGAUGCUUCUGGACGUAUUAGAAAGGGACCAGCUCCAUUGAAUCUUCACGUUCCGGCAUACUCCUUCAAGGAUACCACCAUUGUCAUCGGAUCGAGCUAA